AUGUCAUCAAUAACUUGCCUAAUAAUAUUUGUAACCAUCAACCUAUCGUCAGUAGCCCAUACAGCUAUCGACUUGAAAGAAUCUUACAUAGGAUGUUAUCGAAACAUCAGCUCAACUAAAAUAGUUGCUAUAGUUGGCUCAGUGGGUGAAUGUUCACUGGAGUGCAAAGAUGAAAGUAACAAUAUGAUCGCUUUGAAGUAUGGAGAAGAAUGCAACUGUAUUGAAAGGUUAGAUUCAGCAGUGGCUUCAUCCCUGUGUGAUGUUCCUUGCGACAAUGGAGAUGCCUGUGGUGGAAGUGAUUCAUAUUCCGUCUACAAAAGCAAGCCACGAGUGAUGCACGAUGCAUAUGCGAGUAUAGAAAGCCGUGAGAUGACAUCUAUCGAGAUGAAUUUACCCGAUGGCUACACCCUAGAGACGUGCGCAUAUUUCUGCUUAGAAACUAAUCACACAUUUUUUCAACAAAUUAUGAACCAAAAAUGCGAAUGCUUCCAACAUCACAGCAUGUAUAAACGGGGCUUCAUACCAAAAUUUGUUUCUUGUCAGAAAUGCUCACAUAUCGAAACUCAAAUCUGCGAUUGUUUUAAUAAUGUUACAGACGAAACAUUAAUAUUCGCAACUCGCUUUCAAUACGACUUCCAACGAGGAAUGUCAACUUAUUCUCACUGCAACAACCGUAAAUACAAGAUUUACGAAAUAACGAAGUGCUCCGACGGAUGUGAAUACGGAUGGAAAGGGGAUUGGUGCAGAGAAAGAAAUUGUAAAGUAGGGAAUGGAGGUUGUGGCAGUGAAAUGAGCUGCACGCAACUGACAGUGAACAAAUAUAAGUACGUUGAAUGUGUCUGCCCACUCGACACUGUUAGAAACAAGUGGAACAAGUGCGAGGUUAUGAGAACAAAUUUAGCUCUGAACAAGCCGUCCUAUUGUAGUUCAAAAUACUCUCAUCAUGAUGAUUUUAAAUAUGAUCCAUCAUAUUUAACUGACGGCAUGUACGAUGGGCAUCAUUUAUCCCAUAUUGAUUUUGACGAGUCCGCCUGGCUGGCCGUUGACCUAUUCCAUUCCUACCCUGUUGGUUUCGUGAGGGCUUAUAACAGGUGGGGCUCAGAACCUUUUGUCGUGCAGCGUAUGGACAAAUUUGCAGUAAGGCUGAACGAAACUUUCGACCUAACUUCCAUAGCCGACAUAAGAAACCAAACCAACUUCUGCGGAUAUGGACCAGAAAGAGCACUGGGGUGUGGAAAUCCCAUGGUUGUAAUCUGUGAAGACUUUCGUUUGCUUUCACGAUUCGUCAUCAUCCAACAAUCAGAUGAUAAGUUUGGUAAUAGCACUACGGCACUUGCAGAGUUGGAAGUGUAUGAAGCCGGAUGCGAUCUUUUUAAUGGAAGAUGUGAGAAUGAAAUCUGUAAGGAAGUGACUGAAAGAAAUAGGAAGACCAUCUGCUGUGGUUGUCUGGUCACUACAACACUGACCAUAGUUGGAAAUCCGAAUGAAACAUUCCGGAAGAAUGAAGUGAUCUCGACAAGUUAUGAUUAUUUUUGGUACUUCUUAGCAGGUAGCUUGGUUCUAGUGUUCCUAACUACCCUCAUGAUUGAACUCGUCAUUAGGAAGAAAAUGAUAAAUGCAGGUAAAGAUGAUCAGAAAACAGAAGAAAAUGAUGAAAAACGUGAAGAACAUGAAGACGUCCAGUCAGACGCAGGCUCACUCGAUUAG